AUGGUAGAAAAUACGACAAAUGAACCAGAAUUUAAAACUUCUAUAACUACAGAAACAUCAGUAUCUACAACGCAGUUCACCGAAAAUCCGAUAACUGAACCGGAACUUAAAACUUCUAUUACUACAGACACGUCAGUGUCUACAAUACAGUCUACCGAAAAUCCUAUAAUUGAACCAGAAUAUAAAACUUCUAUAAGUACAGAUGCGUCAGUAUUUACAACACAGAUAGAAGAUGAUUCGACAAUUAAACCAGAAUUUAAAACCUCUACAACUACAAAAGCACCAGGAUUCUGUGAAAUUAACCAAAUACAAUACAGUAAUACAGCACCCCUUCUCUUAUCUCCGAAUACACAAAAUAUUAUUUAUCCACAAGGAAAAGCAACUACGAUCUUUGCCACCAACGAAGAAGUAGAAUUUUCAUGUCCUCAAUCACAAGUACGAGCAAAUGGAGUUAACUUAGAUUCCACUAUUAUUGUUGUUUGUAAGUCAAAGGAGACGUUUACAUAUAAUGGAAUAAAUAUAGAGUGGAAAAACGUUUUAUGUUCAAAGUCCUUGGUACCAACCAUUAACGAGAUAUCAGUUAAAAAUUUGAGUAUAGACGAUCCUAACAAACCUUGUGAUAUUGGCGACGAUAGUUUACCAGAUGAUUCGGAUAAAUAUAUUAACAAUAACGCAUUUAUUACCACACAACAACUUGCUAGCGAAAAUGAUUUUUAUUCAGCAUCUUUUCAGCUGGCUGUUAAGAAUUACGCAAACAUUGCACCGCAAUGGAACUCGAUUAACAAUGGAAAUUGGUUGCAAGAAAGCGAAAUAAGAAUGUAUGCAAGUAACAAAAAUGUUAACCUACAAAUUUGGAGUGGAACAUAUGGCGUUACGAAAUUAAACAAUGAGACAACAGAGCUCAUAGACCUAUAUCUCUUUGAAAGAGAAAUCAGAAAACAGUUGGUGAAAGCCUUUCCAGUGCCUGAGUUGUAUUGGAAAAUUGUGUACAAUCCUUUAAAUACACAAGGAAUAGUUCUUAUAGGACAUAAUAAUCCGUAUGUGGGUAAAGUUUCUCCAGAAGAACAAAUUUGUGAUGAUAUAUCCAGUAAACUCAAUUGGAUAAGUUGGGACAAAGAACUUUAUGACAAAGGAUACUUUUACGCCUGUGAUUAUAAUGAUGAUAAAUUCCAAAGCAUUGUCCACUUUGCUCCAAAACUCAAAAUAACUGGAUAUUUGUGA